AUGCUCUGCUCAAUGGUUCAAAACUCAGCGCAGAGGGUAUCGAAUGGAAGUGCUAGCAGCACGGAUAAAAUUCUGGAAGGUUUGGUAACGAGCGAAUGGAUAGUGAACAUUCUACCCAGUGCGGCGUUACAAGAAGCGCUAACAGCUGGACUCAAAAAUGUUGAUUGUGUGAAAAAAUAUAAAACUUGUUCAUUGAAUGGAAAGUGA